AUGGCAGCCCCUAAGGGGGAUCCUGGUGUAAUACCUUUUCAUGUACCACACAUGAAAUUGCUGGAAAAGAUUGAAUACAAGAAAGUGCAACCAGAACCAUUAACUGGACUUAAAGAACGGCAAGAUACAUUGGUAAAGACAAAAAUAAAAUCAGUUUGCCGUGAUGAACCUGAAGAACAGGACCACUUAGAUUCCUUAGGAAGACCUCGCAAAGUUUUGAAACGAGAUAAAAGUCAGAAAGCUAUGAUUAAGAAGCAACAGACAUUAGGUGUAAUGGAUCAAAAGGAAUGGAUUGAGAAAAUGAGGAGUUCAACAGAUGGUUCUUUCGUAUAUUUGACAUAUGCUGUUCCAAAAGCUUCAGAAUUAUUCAAUCCUUACAUGCUUAGAGUGGUGACGUACAAAGAAGUAGACAAAUCCAAUUUUUUCACUAUGAGCGCUAAAGGUGUGCUGCAACAGAUAGGAUCUGACGUAGUGUUUACCAAUUUGGACAAGUGGGAGGAGGAAUACAACAUGUACUGCAGAUUGAUGGAAAUCAAGACGUUCCACAAUUUUCGAAAGUGGAAAGGAUUUUACGUUUGGAGGAAGAACAUCCUAUAUGACAAAUUCAAUUCGUCGCAAAAUCGUCUAGCCAAUAACAUGCUGAUGCUGAAUCGUAUUAUACGAGGGGCGCUUUUGGGUAUACAGAAAAUGUGUUAUGUUGUGGUGGAUGAUUCGUUUGUUGAUCUAAGAUGUAUCGAAAAUCUCUGGCUGUUUUAUUUUAUUGAAACCCAGAUGGAAAAAUUAGAAUUUGUUAAACAAAAAAUUACUGAAUACCAUGAAAUUGCCAGAGAACUCGUUUCUAACGCUUGCCACGGAUCAUUACUUGCCAAAAAUUUUGUUUUGGAUGAAAGGAUUGUAACAGAUACUAAAGAUAAGAAAAAGAAACAGAAACCGUCCUACAUAGAGCAGGCAAGCAAAAAGAAAUUUUGCCAGCGUUUGGCCAGCUUUAUUAUGCUGGUAGACUACAUGACAAUAAAUAUGUUGCACAAGCUGAUAACCAAUACGAUAAGUGAAAUAAAUGAGGUAUUUGAGCAGCAUACUCUCUAUCUGCCUAAACUGGAUGGAGAUGACGAGGAGGAAUUGAAUAAACCGCGUCCUGAAAACGCGCCACAGUUGCCAAUGUUUACCAUACAUGUUGUACUGGAACCUGAAGAAUUAAAACUGGAUCCUUCGUUCGAAGUUGCUAGUUACAUGUUUAACCACAUGUUUAAGUUAUGGGAAGAUCAUUCCAAAGCGAUCAAAUCACUUGUCGCAGACCCGUAUUAUGCCCCUUUUACCACUCCCAUAAUUAACAAGAAAGUGGAGGACAGAAUUUGUGGAUGGGGGCCUACACUGGAGUUCUACUUGACGCACGACGAAGAUUUAGUUGCAGAAAAAGCUAAACUCAUUGAAUACUUGGAAAUAAAUUAUAAAGCCGCUUCUAAAUUCAUACACAGAUUCGAAGACAUACAAAAAUUCUAUGCUGAAGACCUCGAAGUAGCCGAAGAACAAGUAAAGAACGAGAGAGAUCUUGAAAAAUUUAGAACAAUGUGCAUAAGGUACCAUCAUGAAAUAACCGAAAUAGAGAAAAUAGCAAAUACUCAGUGUAUGGGGAUACUAUAUCUGCAAUUGUCGAGUCUCAAAGAAAUGGCUUUGCCAGAACCUAAACGAUUGCUUACUAUUCUAGAAGAGGUCAUACCAUGGAUCGGAAAAGAAAAAGUGGUAAAAUUGGUUAACGAGGUUGACGAAACACAAAAAUUUUUGUUGCAAAGCCCAGAAGAAACGGAAGAAUACGUGAAGUAUUUAGAAUACAUAGAACAGUCCACAUCAAAGGUGGAUGAGAUGGAGGUGGAGCUGGACUACUGUAAGGAACUGUACGAUAUUAUUGAAGAAUUCAAAAUAAGUGUAGCUUAUGAAGACCUGCAAAACUAUCUAAGCUUAAGUGUAACGUUGGGCAACUUACGAAAUCUUGUGGACAAGAAGAUUGAAGAGACAACGAAAAUCGUUGAAGAGUUCAAUUCUCAGAUGAAUAGAGACAUAAGCGCACUGAUUUCUGAAGUUGGUGUGAUAAAAGAUGAGUGUAUGCAACCUUGGCUAUAUGAUAUAGACUCCAAUAUAGUUGAAGUGAUGGAAUUGUUAACGGACUUGUACGAUCGACUAGCAGCCUGUCAGCAAAGAGCUGCUGAAUUCAAGAACUAUCAAAAACAAUUCAGAUUGGAAGUUACUCGCUUUGAUAUCCUGGACGAGGUAAUGAGCGAUGUCAAACUUAGAAUACUUUUGUGGGAGAGCGUUGACUCUUGGGCUAAAAGCGUGGAUGAAUGGUACCACAAUGAGUUCUCUACUCUCAACGUAGAAGAUAUGAACUUGUUUACUGCAAAGAAUAUGAAAAACAUAAACCAGCUAGAUAAGGGAUUGCCAAGCAAUUUAAUUGUGCCAAAACUAAGGGAUGAAGUUGAGCUUAUGAAAGAUAAGAUGCCCGUUAUAACAUAUUUGAGGAACCCAUCGCUUAAACAGAGGCAUUGGGUGCAAGUGGAGAACGUGUUAAACUUUAAAUUUAAAGCUGAUCAAGUAAUAACUCUUGAGCUUUUGGAGAAUUUGAACGUUUUUAGUUAUCCGAACGAGCUCAUGGAAAUAUCCGGUCAAGCUAGCAGUGAAGCUGGAUUAGAAAUGCUGCUCAGAAGAGUAGAAGAAGCUUGGAAAUCUCUGGAGUUUACAGUUAUACCGCACAAGGAUUCGAAAGACGUGUACAUUUUAGGUUCCAUGGAAGAAGUUCAAGCUGUACUGGACGAAAGUAAUAUAAAUAUGAACACUAUUGCUAGCUCUAGACAUGUUGGACCGAUUAAACCAAGGGUAGAUGAAUGGACCAAGAACUUAGACUUGUUCUCUAAAACUUUGGACGAAUGGAUGACAUGCCAGCAAAGUUGGAUAUAUCUUGAGGUGAUAUUUUCAGCACCAGAUAUACAAAGGCAACUACCUAACGAGGCAAAGCUUUUCAUCGUCGUUGACAAGUCUUGGAAAGAAAUUAUGAGAAGAACAGCGAAGAUGCCGUUAGCCAUGGAGGCGGCUCUAUACCCAGAUCUUUUAGCAACGUUCCAGAGGAACAACGAACUACUAGAGCAAAUUAUGAAGUGCCUAGAGUCGUAUCUGGAGACGAAGCGCGUUGCUUUCCCGAGGUUCUACUUUUUAUCUAACGAUGAGCUGCUCGACAUCCUGGCUCAAACCAGGAACCCCCAUGCCGUACAACCCCAUCUGCGAAAGUGCUUCGAUGCUAUCGCCAAAUUAGAAUUUGGCAUGAAACCCGUUGAGGAGGUUCUAGGUGAAGGCGGCGACGCGAGCAAAGCCUCGGACGGUUUCGUCCUCACCACCGACAUAAUAGCCAUGAUCAGUCCCGAAGGGGAAAGGGUUCAGCUUGGAAAAGGAUUGAAAGCUCGCGGUAACGUGGAGGACUGGCUGGGCAAAGUGGAAGAAUCGAUGUUCCUCUCUCUAAGGAGACUGAUGAAGGCGUCGCUCAGUCACUAUAUGACGCAUAAAAGAACGGAAUGGGUCCUGUGCCACGCGAACCAAAUCAUUUUGACUGUGUCGCAGAUCAUGUGGGCUAAGGGCGUUCAUGAGAUAUUGGAUGGAAAUCCAGAACCUAAAGCAAUGGCCAAGUUUGAAGCAAGCUGCAUAAAGGAUUUAAACGAAUUGGCUGUAUUAAUAAGAACUGACUUGACUUCUGUGACGAGGAAAAUUUUAAUCGCUCUGAUAACAAUUGAUGUCCAUGCCAGAGAUACGAUCCAUAACAUGGUGAAGAGUAAAGUACGUGAUAGCAAUACUUUCGAGUGGCUCAAAGUGUUACGUUACUACUGGCAGGAGAGUAUAGAUGACUGCGAGGCAAGGAUGUCUAGCGCUAGCUAUGUUUAUGGAUAUGAGUAUUUGGGUGCCGGUGGAGUUCUAGUGAUCACUCCGUUAACUGAUCGCUGUUAUUUGUGCUUGAUGGGCGCUUUACAAUUGGACUUGGGCGGUGCACCAGCGGGCCCUGCGGGCACAGGCAAAACUGAAACGACGAAGGAUUUGGCGAAAGCCUUAGCCAUUCAGUGCGUCGUCUUCAAUUGUUCGGAAGGACUGGAUUACAAGAUGAUGGGCAGAUUUUUCUCUGGUUUAGCACAGUCGGGUGCGUGGUGUUGUUUCGACGAGUUUAACCGUAUUGACAUUGAGGUACUGUCUGUCAUCGCCCAACAGUUGAUUACUAUAAGGAACGCUAAAGCGGCAAAACAAAAAAGGUUUAUGUUUGAAGGGAGAGAAAUUAAAUUAAUUCAGAAAUGUGCAGCUUUCAUUACAAUGAAUCCAGGUUAUGCCGGUCGUACAGAAUUACCAGACAAUUUGAAGUCAUUAUUUAGGCCAAUUUCUAUGAUGGUUCCAGAUUAUGCAUUGAUAGCUGAAGUGAUUUUGUACUCGGAAGGAUUCGAGUCGUCUAAGAUACUAUCCCAGAAAAUGGUGCAAAUGUACAAAUUAUGCAGCGAACAACUUUCUCAACAAGACCACUAUGAUUUCGGAAUGCGUGCCGUCAAGAGUGUCCUUGUAAUGGCUGGUUCCUUGAAGAGGGCUAAUCCUGACCGCAACGAGGACGUGGUUCUUAUAUGCGCCCUAAGGGAUAGCAAUCUGCCCAAGUUUUUGUCGGAUGAUGCCGUUCUAUUUAAAGGAAUCCUUGGGGACUUGUUUCCUGGCGUUGAACUGCCAGUACCUGACUACGGGAUAUUUCAAAAAGCAAUUAUCGACUGUAUGAUCGAAGCAGGCUUGCAGACGGAGGAGUGCAUGAUCAACAAAGUCAUUCAACUUUAUGAAACGAUGGUCGUUCGUUGGGGGGUGAUGUUAGUGGGACCGACAGGCGGAGGCAAAACUUCCAUUUUAAAUACUUUGAAUAAAACGCUGACCAAAAUGCAUACUGAUGGAGUCGAAGGUCCUUACUUCAAACCAGUUCGAACAUAUAUUAUGAACCCUAAGGCUGUUACAGCCGGUGAACUGUAUGGUGAAGUAAAUCCGUUUACUUUGGAAUGGAGAGAUGGCUUGAUGGGAAUUAUGAUGAGAACUGCAGUUACGUGGCCAAAUGAUGAUCAUCAGUGGAUCAUAUGCGAUGGUCCGGUGGAUGCUGUAUGGAUAGAAAAUCUGAACACCGUUUUAGAUGACAAUAAAAUGUUAUGCCUGGCCAAUUCUGAAAGAAUUAAAUUAACGCCUUGGGUUCACAUGGUUUUCGAGGUACAGGAUCUCUCCCAAGCUUCGCCAGCAACUGUUAGCAGGUGUGGUAUGGUGUAUGUCGACUCGGAGGAACUGAAAUGGCUUCCAUAUGUAAAGUCCUGGUUAGACGCAUUUAGCGAAAGCCUAUUGAACCAAGAAAUGAAGGAGUUCCUGCUCACGCUUUUUGAAUAUGCCGUUGAAAAAGGUUUCAUUUUCCUAAAAAAGAAUUGCGAAUACUCCAUACAUCAGGUUGAAGUUAGUAAAGCGAAAAUGAUAUGCUCUUUGAUAGAAAGCUAUCUAACGAUGCCCGGGGCGAUGGAGAAAAUCGGGGAGAAAAGCAAGGUUCGGUGUUUCUUGUGCCAAAUUUUUAUACUAUCCUAUGUUUGGGGAAUUGGAGGGAAUUUGCUUGCCGAAAGUGGAGAAAAGUUUGAGAUAUACGUGCGGGAUCAAUUUGAUGAUUAUCCAGAUGCAAGGUUGCCAGCUGGAAGUGAUCUAUGGUCUCUGUACAUGGACACUCAAGGUAAAAAACUGGAACCUUGGCAAAGAAUAAUACCACAGUUUCAGUACGACAAAACCCUGCCCUUUUUUGAAAUGUUGGUGCCGACAGUAGAUACUGUCCGUUACGGAUAUAUUAUGGAAAGACUAAUAUACGUGAAUCACCCGGUUAUGCUCACUGGAGACACGGGUGUUGGUAAAUCAAUCGUAGCGAAAGAUGCCCUAAAUUCACUCGCCAGUACAAAUAAAUUUGUGCCGGCAACCAUGAAUUUCUCUGCACAAACCAGCAGUUUUAGAACUCAGGAGAUAAUCGAAUUAAAACUGGAGAAGAAAAAGAAAACGUUACUUGGUGCUCCGAUGGGGAAAAAAGUAAUUAUUUUUGUUGACGACGUCAAUAUGCCCAAGCUUGAGACCUACGGGGCACAACCCCCCAUUGAACUUUUAAGACAAUUGUUGGACUUUGGUGGACUAUUCGAUCGGGAGAAACUCUUCUGGAAAGAAAUAAAGGAUGUUGUAAUAUCUGUUGCUUGUGCUCCUCCUGGAGGUGGAAGAAAUCCUCUUACUCCGAGAUUCGUUCGCCAUUUUGGAAUGCUGCUUAUUCCUCCUCCCAACGAAUUUUCACUUAAAGCCAUAUUCAAAGCUAUUUUAAAAGGUUUCUUAUUCGACUUCUCCAACGACGUGCGCGAUUUAGGUGACUAUAUGGUCAAUGCAGCUGUGGAGAUAUAUCAAAGAAUUGCCGAAGACCUAUUACCGACCCCAGCGAAGUCCCAUUAUGUGUUUAACCUCAGGGACUUAUCCAAAUGCAUCCAGGGAGUCACGCAGGCCGAUUCCGGCACCAUGAGGGAGGAAGCCUCGAUGCUGAGACUCUUCUAUCACGAAUGUUUGAGAGUUUUCCACGAUCGCCUCAUCAACGUAGAGGAUAAAUCUUAUUUUUACUUUUUGAUGAAAGAGAUAUGUACGCGCAAUUUUGGCACCAGCGUCGUUACUUUACCCGAUGAGUCCGUGAUACGAAAUCCGCCUUUUCUGUUAUUCGGAGAUUUUAUGCAAUUUGGGGCGGACAAGGAGAAUCGGUUGUACGAAGAACUGAGGAAUAUCGAUAAAGUUAGAAACAUUUUACAGGAUUAUCUGGAUGACUUCAACCUGUUAACUUCAAAGGAAAUGAAGCUCAUCUUUUUCAUGAUGGCAAUUGAGCACUGUAUACGGAUUGCGAGGAUACUAAGAUCGGAAAGAGGUAACGCCUUACUCGUCGGAGUGGGAGGUAUGGGAAAACAAAGUUUAACCAAACUAGCUUCCCAUCUCAACGCUUACAAAUGUUUCCAAAUAGAACUGACCAGAAAUUACGACCACAGCUCCUUCUUCGAGGAUCUGAGGAAGAUGUACUUCAAUGCUGGAGUAACAUACGAGGACAGCGUUUUCCUGUUCACCGACACCCAGAUUGUUCAGGAGGAGUUCUUGGAAGACAUAAAUAACUUGUUGAACUCGGGUGAAGUCCCCAACUUGUUUGAAGCUGACGAAUACGAGAAGGUCAUUAUUGGAGUACGACCCGCUGUAAAAGAGGCUGGCCUGGAUGAAUCGAACCGCGAUGGUAUUUAUAACUAUUUCAUCGGCAGAGUUAGAAGCAAACUUCACUUGGUCAUCUGUAUGAGCCCUGUGGGGGACGCCUUUAGGAGACGUUGUAGAAUGUUCCCAUCAUUAGUAAAUUGUUGCACCAUAGACUGGUUCGAGAAAUGGCCUCAAGAAGCCUUGUUAUCUGUAGCUGAAAAUAGCUUGAAAGGAAUAGGAGAUACUGAUGAAGUAUCUAACAGACUGGCCAUAGUGUGCGUUGCCAUGCACGAGAGCGUGGAAGUUAUGACGGAAAGGUUUUACGACGAAAUGAGGAGGCACUAUUACACCACACCAAGCAGUUAUUUAGAACUAUUAAAGUUGUACAAAGUUACUUUGGAGACGAAGAAAAAUCAGAUUAUCAAAACCCGUGACAGAAUAGCCAACGGCUUAAAGAAAUUAUAUGAAACCAAUAACGUAAUCGAUUCUAUGAAAGAAACGUUGAUAGCCCUGGAACCAGAAUUGGCUAAGAAAUCCAUAGCCGUUGAAGAACUAAUGGUGCAUUUAGCAAAGGAACAAAAGCAAGCGGAUAAAGUACGAAGUGUGGUGAAAAGCGACGAAGAGGUGGCAAAGGCCAAAGCAGAAGACACACAAGUCUUAGCCGACGACGCCCAACGUGAUCUAGACACGGCAUUGCCAGCAUUAGAAGCUGCAACUAAAGCACUAGAAGCUCUCAAUAAAAACGAUAUUAAUGAACUGAAGGUUUUCCAAAAGCCUCCAAAGCUUGUGCAAUUCGUUAUGGAAUCCAUAUGUCUACUACUUGGUUCAAAGAUCGAUUGGGCAUCCGCUAAAAUCGUUCUCGGAGAUGGCAACUUUCUAAAGAAAUUACAGGAAUAUGACAAGGAUCACAUCAGUGAACUGGUACUGAAGAAACUGAAGACUUACAUAGACCACCCCGAUUUUACUCCUGAAAAAAUUGCUAAUGUUUCGAAGGCGUGUAAGAGUAUGUGCAUGUGGGUUAGAGCCAUCGAUAUGUACGCUAAGGUUUACAAAGUCGUCGAACCCAAGAGAAAAAGACUGGAGGGUGCCGAAAAGGAACUCAAUCAAGUGAUGGGCCUUUUGCGGGAAAAGCAGAGGCAACUGGCAGAAGUAGAAGCUAUGAUCGCAGCUUUAGAGGCUAAAUUUAAUGCAGCCGUGGCGGAGAAACAAGCACUUGUGAAUAACAUAGAAUUGACUUCUAAUAGACUUAACAGAGCAGGAAGGCUGAACGUCGCUUUAGGUGAUGAACAAGUUAGAUGGGAAGAAAGUGUCAAAGCAUUUGCUAUUGACUUAAAAAAUGCUAUUGGAGAUGUUUUGAUGGCAUCAGCUUCUGUUGCGUAUUUAGGAGCAUUUACCAGCAGUUACCGAAUAGAACUGUUAAAUAUGUGGGAAGAAAAAUGUAAAGAAUUGGAAAUUCCAUCUUCUGAAUCUUUUAGUCUUAUUGUGGUAUUAGCGGAUCCCUACGACAUUCGUGUUUGGAACUCUUGUGGCCUCCCCAGAGACAGAGUUUCAACGGAAAAUGCAAUCUUAGUAACGCAGGCGGGACGUUGGCCAUUGAUGAUCGAUCCCCAGGAGCAAGCCAACAGAUGGAUUCGGCAAAUGGAAACUCCCAAGAAUCUGAGGAUCGUUAAAUUAACCGAUUCCAGUUUCAUAAGGGUAUUGGAGAUGGCAAUUCGUAUAGGGAUGCCGGUACUGCUGGAAGAAGUGGGAGAAACUUUGGAUCCCAUGCUUGGUCCCAUUUUGUUGAAGCAAACCUUCGUGCAGGGAGGAAGAGUUCUUAUAAGGUUAGGAGAUACAGAUGUCGAAUACGACAACAAUUUCCGGUUUUAUAUCACCACCAAACUGGCGAAUCCCCACUACUUACCGGAAAUCUGUAUUCAAGUUACAAUUGUGAACUUCACGGUUACACCGUCCGGACUGGAAGAUCAGCUACUGGCUGACGUGGUGAGACUCGAGCGUCCAGAUUUAGAAGAACAAAGAGUCGAGUUGAUAAUAAGGAUAAAUAAUGACAAAACUCAACUCAAAGGAAUAGAAGAUAAAAUCCUGCGAUUGCUUUACCAAUCGGAAGGUAAUAUUUUGGAUGAUGAAGAGCUGAUUGAAACUUUGAACGAGAGCAAGGAAACGUCGGCUAUAAUAGAAGCUCGUUUAAUAGAAACAGAAGCGACAGAGGAAAAAAUAUCGAUUGCCCGUGAAAAAUAUAGAUCAGUUGCUACAAGGGGGUCCGUGUUAUAUUUUGUAGUAGCACAACUCGCGGAGAUAGACCCUAUGUAUCAGUAUUCGUUGAAAUAUUUCAAUCAGAUUUUCAAUAAUGUUAUCGAAACUAGUGAGAAAAAUCCACAUCUGGUCAUCCGCCUGAACACCUUGUACAACGAAAUAACACUUGCCGUCUACACGAAUAUAUCUCGAGGUCUCUUCGAAAGACACAAACUCGUUUUCAGCUUUAUGCUGUGCGCCGCAGUUUUCCAUGAGAAAGGUGAAAUUAGUGCCAGCCAGUGGAAUUUUCUGCUCAGAGGUCCAGUCGGAACGAAGGCCGAUCUUCCGAAAAAACCCGAUUAUCCCAUGAUAACUGAGAUGAUGUGGCACUCGGCCCACUACUUAUCAUCUAACUACGAAUCUUUCGAAGGUUUAGCAGGCGAUAUCUUGAAGAUUAUAUACAUCAACGUUGGGGAUUUCAUCUUAGAUAUUAAUGUGGUCCCUUACUUAAAACACAGAAGCCAGAACAACUGGAACGACAGUCUUGAAGAUUUCGAAAAAUUGAUGCUAAUCAAAACUUUACAAGAAGAAAAAUUGGUGUUUGCCAUAACAGCAUUCGUAAAAAUUAAACUUGGACAAGUAUUUAUCGAAAGCCCUCAAGUUUCGUUGAACGUUCUGUAUCAAGAUACAUCGAACGCCGUACCGCUGGUAUUUGUCCUAAGCACCGGAUCGGAUCCGUUUGGAGCUUUUCAACGAUUUGCGGCCGACAUGGGUUAUAGAGAGAAAGUAAAGUCAAUUUCUUUAGGUCAAGGGCAGGGCCCCGUGGCUGAAAAAUUGAUUCAGGAUGCUCUGGACGUUGGCGACUGGGUCUUUCUACAAAACUGUCACUUAGCUACCUCGUGGAUGUUAUCCAUGGAAAGAAUCGUAUUAAAAAUCGCGGAAGACAGUAAUAAAUUGAAUAAGCAGUUUAGAUUAUACAUGAGCUCCAUGCCGUCAAAGGCGUUCCCUGUGUCAGUGUUACAAAAUUCUGUAAAAGUCACAAACGAACCACCAAAGGGUCUUCGAGCCAACAUAAAAAGGGCUUUCGGGGAGAUGCUUGAAGAUUUCUUCGAAGAUCAUAUUCUCGGUCAAAAGUGGAGAACGAUGUUGUUUGGUCUUUGUAUGUUUCACGCGGUUAUUCAGGAGCGGAAAAAAUUCGGACCUCUUGGUUGGAACAUUGUGUACGAGUUUAAUGAUAGCGAUCGUGAUUUUGCUUUUAAUACAUUGAAAAUGUUUUGCGCUGAAGGUAGUAUACCUUGGGAUGCCUUAGAAUACCUUACAGGUGAAAUUACAUAUGGUGGCAGAGUUACGGACUAUUGGGAUCUGCGAUGUUUGAAAACCAUACUAAAAAUCUUUUUCUCGCCGGAAACAUUAUCGCCACGGUAUGUGUAUUCCAAAUCCGGAACAUAUUAUUGCCCAAAUUUCGAGAAAUUACAACAAUACCGAGAUUUUAUUGAUGGCCUACCUAUCAUAGAAGAACCUGAAAUUUUUGGAAUGCACGAAAAUGCUAAUAUUGCAUAUCAAAUAAAAGAAACUCAGACUGUAAUUAGGACGAUAAUGGAAAGCCAGCCUCGAGCUUCUGGAGGUGAAACUGGAAAAUCUAGUGACGACAUUGUAUAUGAAUUGGCGGACAUGGUCAUCAACACAAUACUUACAAAGAUAUAUACUGAUGAAGCAAAUGUUCAUCUAUUUAAGAAAGACGACAAAGGUCGAUUGCCCUCUUUAACAACUGUUUUAACCCAAGAAGUUGACAGAUAUAAUAUUCUCCUGAAGCUGAUUCACAACUCCAUGGAGAAUUUGAAAAAAGCGAUUAAAGGAUUAGUUGUCAUGUCGGAGGCUUUGGAAGACGUUUUCAAAGCUUUCAUAAACAACCAGGUUCCUAAAAUGUGGUCGGCAAAAGCGUACAAUUCUCUCAAGAGCCUAGGUAGCUGGAUAAAUGACUUAACCUUAAGAUUGGACUUUAUUUCUAUAUGGUUACGAUUUGGUCACCCGACAUCUUACUGGAUAUCUGGUUUUUAUUUCCCUCAAGGUUUUCUUACCGGAACCUUACAAACUCAUGCCAGAAAGUAUAAUCUACCGAUAGACGAACUGAAAUUUGAUUUUAAAAUUCAAAAGGUACUAAUAGAUCAAGAGGAGAUCAAAGCUGUCCACGACAGGGAAGGAAAGGAGAUUUAUGACGUGUAUAAACCAUUAGAACGUCCAACUGAUGGUGUUAUUAUUCAUGGCCUUUUCAUCGACGCAGGUCGAUGGGAUCUGACACAUAUGAAAUUAGUGGAUGCCAAACCAGGUGAAGUCAAUCCUCCUCUGCCCGCCGUUUGCUUAAUACCAAAAUCCAAGAUGUCAGAAUACGAUCCAAGGUACGUUGCGCCUUUGUACAAAACUUCGGUCAGGGCAGGCGUACUCUCUACAACGGGACAUAGCACUAAUUUCGUCCUUCCCGUUUUAUUACCAACUGAUCAAAGUCAAAGUUAUUGGAUACUCAAGGGGACUGCCUUAUUAACGCAAAUUACUGAUUGAAUUGCAUAAUUUUAUACGUAUAAAAUGUUCUGUUUUAGUUAAUAAUUAAGUACUUAACAGUAAGUACCUACCUGUUAUGUUUUUAUCCAUUUUUAGAAAAAUAUAUAUAUUUAAU